AAAAAGUCACUAGUGCCUUCACGGAUGUGCUCUGCUGCUGGCUCCCAGUUCUCAGAAGGGAUGAACACCAAGACUGAUGGGAAUGAAAAUACCGUGUGCAUACCAAACUAUCUGAAUCAGGAGAUAAAAAUCCUGGCAAAGCUCUGUGAAAUCUUACAUACCGAUUCGCUGGCAGAGGUCCUGCAGUGGCUGGUUCAUGCAAGUAACAAAGAAAAGGAGUGGGUGUCGGCUAUGGUUCAUUCUGAAAUAGCUGAAAUUAACCUGCUGACUUGUCCAGAAAGAAAUACCCCAGCAGAACCAGUGGCAGAGCCCAGGAAGCCAUCCAAGGCUGUAACACCAGCCACACCCAAAGCAAUGCAAACUUCACCGGCAAAAUCUAAAGUGCUGAGCAGAGCCAGAGAAGGACAUCAGCCACCCAGCAAAUUCCCUUUCCACUACUGGCAAAGGCCUGAGACCUCAAUGAUUAUAAGAAAAAACAACAUGAAAAUACCUGUUACAGAAUAUUUCAGCAAACCAAAGUCUCCUCUCAGGCUCAACACUCAGGAGAGUGGGUCAGCAAAACUAAUGUCAGCAAGGAGUGUGCAAGAAUACAGUCCUCAAAGAGCAAGCUAUCCUUUAACACACCAAAAAUAG